GAGGGAAGGAGGGAAAGCGAAGCGAGAGCGCCUCUGCCCGCCUCCUCGGGGCUCCGCCUUCCCGGGGCCGCCCCGUCUCCCUCCACCCUGACCCGGAGCUCCGGCGAACUCCGGAGCCGACGGAAGGCGCCUCGGAGAAGCGGCGGAGACGCGCGCGCCGGAGCAGCAGGAUGGUGCUACCAGUGACCGAAUGGAUUUGGCGCCACGAAUACUGGCUCCCGCCAGGGAUCACUUGGGAGGACAUGAAGGAGACAGAAGAGAUCAGCUACCCUCAGCCCCGCCACCUCUUGCUGAGCCUGCCCUUGGCCCUCCUGCUUGUGGUGAUCCGCUUCUUCUUUGAAAGGAUCGUCGCUGUGCCGCUGAGCAGAAAAAUGGGACUGAGGGAGAAAGUACGAAGGAAAGCUCCUCCGAACCCCAUCCUGGAAGCUUUUUACACCACGCAAGGGAAAAGCCCCAAAGAGGGCGAGCUUGCCGGCCUGGCCAAACAGUGCGACUUACAGCCCAGGCAGGUGGAGCGAUGGUUUCGAUAUCGCCGUAACCAGGACCGGCCAAGCUUGACCAAGAAGUUCUGCGAAGCCAGCUGGAGGUGCACGUUUUACUACACGUCCUUUUGCACUGGUUUGGCAGUCCUUCACGACAAACCCUGGUUCUGGGACCACCGUGAGUGUUGGGUCAGGUAUCCACAACAGCCUCUCCUGCCCUCCAUCUUCAGCUACUACAUGCUGGAGCUGUCGUUCUAUUGCUCGCUGGUCUUCACGCUGCCAUUUGACAUCAAGCGAAAAGACUUCAGCGAGCAAAUUGUCCACCAUGCAGCCACGAUUUUCCUCAUCAGCUUCUCCUACUGUGCCAACUACAUCCGCAUUGGCACCCUUGUCAUGGUCAUUCACGAUGCGUCCGACUGCUUCCUGGAGCCCACGAAGAUAUUCAACUAUCUGAAAUGGCGCCGUGUAUGUGACAUCCUUUUCCUCACUUUCUCUGCUGUUUUCCUUUUCACCCGCCUGGUUAUUUUCCCCUACAAGGUCAUCUACAACACGUAUUACUACUCAAUGGAACUCUACCAGCCUUUCUUCGGCUAUUACUUCAUGAAUGCCCUUCUGAUGAUUCUCCAACUUCUCCACAUUUUCUGGUCUUUCUUAAUCAUCCACAUGGUCUACAAGUUUGUCAAAAGUGGCACGAUGGAGAAGGAUCUCCGGAGCGACUCGGACGAAAGCGAGAAGGGCGAUGACGAGGCAGCGCAGGUGAAAGAAGCCAAGAGGAAUGGCGCCAUCCACUCAGAGCCUAGUGGCAGCUGCAUUAGCAAGGAGCCCCCGCUGCAACUGAAUGGCAGGAGCCCUGCCGCCAACGGAGACGCCAAAACCAGAUAACUCGAGCGAGGCGCCAUCGACUGCCCAGCCCCUUAACCAACCCUGCCCCUGUGUCCAUACCAGCUUGUCUUAUUGUAGGCCCGCGAGGGCGCGAACAUAGCCUCCUAGCUGAAUCCUCUGCUCCUUGCAGGAACAACAAAACAAAACCAACAAAAGGACUGUGCUUCUUUUCGCAAUAUUAUCCUGUGGGCGGCGUCGGUCGCCGCGAGGUCUGGCGUGGGGGUUGAGGUAGGGUGGAAUAUAAAGGCAGCCUUCCCCCGUUCUAUUCAGCCGGUUCUGAGUACAGCUUGGCAAGGCUGUUGGGUGGGCAAGGGACCCAUUCGAAUCCCACCCAAUCGGUUGUUUUCGCUUCCGCCAGCUGGAAAAGCGGGCG